CAACACCAACCGCCAUCGACCAACCUUAUCACGACCCCUCGAUGGAAUUGGAAUUCCGAUCGACACCAUGCCUAAUGAUAUCAAGAAGUCUUCCCAAAGACGCAGGUUCAAAGUGCCGAGCGAGUUCGGCCAGGCAAGACAACCGAGAAGCCGAAAGAAUCGCCCUUGUGACGCAUGCCGUAAGAGAAAGACGGCGUGUGUUAUCACCUCUACACCACCUUGCCUUUUCUGCAAGGGGAGAGGCAUUAAAUGCAGGUCAUCGGCUUCGGAUAGUGUUGCCUCUGGGUCGGCUCCAUCUGCAUCUUCGUUCGCAUCCGCAUCAGCCCCUCAAGAUGCAGCGCAAGAUGGGCCUUCCAGUAACUCGGAAUCUCCGAGGAUAACGUCAAAUAACAUAAGCCUUUCGACUCGUAGUGACCCAAUCGAAGUAAUCCCAGCACCCUACCUGCAGACACUAGAAGAUCACGAGAAUAGGACAGCACACAGCAUGGGCCCGGCAGCUGAACAAGACACCCACUUCCUUGCUUCCUUCCGCUCAGACGUUCUCAGCGGGCCCAAUCAAAUCGACGCAGAGUUCAUUCAGGUCUACAAAGGGGGCGGAUACCCGUGGGAUCCUCCGGUUCACUUCUGUCUCCUACAGGACGAGUUCACAGCCCACGACAACAUGGCCCGGGAAGAAGCCUCUCGUGCGAUAGAGGAACUGGUUGAGCCUCACGGUCCUACGCUCGUACGUCUAUAUUUCAGACAUAUUCACCCGGUAUUGCUUGUUCUGUCGAAGGUCAGCUUUCUAAGACAAUACACCGACGACAAAUCAAAGCUUCCCGCCUCCCUCCGCGGGGCAGUAUACGCACUAGCCUCAGUCUUUUGGAAGUCUGAGCCGUCGCUACAAGGUUCCCUUCAUUUCCAACAGCAUGAGCUCGCCGACCUAGCCACAGGCUCUUUGCAAAGAGAAUUCGACUCACCAAAAUUGGCCAAGCUCCAAGCAUCCCUGCUCCUCCUUCACAUGACGCCCAACAGGACAGACAGUAUCGCGCAUCCCAGAACCUGGACAUCGACAGCGCAGGCCGUAGCCGCUGCCCAGAUGACCGGGCUACACCAGGACGCUGAGAAGUGGUAUAUCCCGGCGUGGGAGAAGAGGCUGCGAAGGAAGCUUUGGUGGGCUACGUAUGUGACUGACGUAUGGUCGGCACUAUGCCACGGAAACCCACCGCAUAUCUAUCCUACCUCUUUCAACACGUCAUCCAUUGCUAUGGAAGAUUUGCGAUCCGAUGAGAGCGUUCCUGAGGACUUGAAAUCGCUGGUUUAUCCGUGUAAUGUAGGAUUUGAUGUUGCUUCUGGAGCGCGGUUUCUGGAGUUGGUAAAGGUGAGCCAGACCUUGCGAGAAGUAAUUGACUGCAGUUUUCAGGUAACUAGGCUUUCCCCUCCAUACUCACAGAAGUUAGAAAUGGAGAAUCGAGGGCGUCUGGUCUUGCUCCAGGGAGAGCUUCACAACUGGUCGACACUACUGCCGCAAUGUCUUUCAAUACCUCAUCCCGGUAAGGCGCCAGAUAUAUCCAACAACGCGCCCCUACAUCUAGCGUAUUACGCCCACUUGGCGCUUCUUUACCGCGCUCUCAUGAACCCAGCUACCAAGGUUUCCAAGGCAAUGCCAUCAUCUAAUCUUCGCCUGUGGUUUGGCACGGCACUCUCCGACUUUGCUAGCUUCACGAUGUUCAUGAGUGAACUAACUUCUGGGGACCUACAAGGCUUUUGGGGCUGCCACGCCCGAUCUCAAUUCAUACUCUGCGGCAACUUCAUCACCUACUUAUUUGUGCUGGCAACUGAGCCAGGAGACGUCACGUCGGCCUUCAACUUACUGGAGAGCUUUCACGACACCCUGCAGCGGCUGAAUCGACACAUCGACUCGAUCUCAGAGUUGCUCCUCCUUCCUGUCACUCUUCGGAUUGACUCGUUCUUCACCCAGGCAGCCGAUCGACUGCGUGGUGGGCCAGCUGCUAUUAGCACGGCUCCUGCAACUUCGACUUCUGCAUCGGCACCAGUGUCACUCACAGACACAACCUAGGAACUCUUCGAUAUCGUUCAAAUCAUUACGAAGCAUGCUGUUAUCGUACACUUCGAUCAAUGCAAAGCCGUGUCCCGUCCAUAUGCAGUCCUGGGAUAGUAACCGACGCAAACCUUAGUUCUUCUCCUCCAUACCAUCCCUCAGAAUCUCAAUCUGCUUCUUAAUCUCAACCCACAACGUCAACUUCUUCAAGUCACCGUCAUCCUCAGCAUCAUCGACAACACCAAGCCAGUCAUCCUCAAGCUGUUCCGUCAAAGCCUCGA